AUGGAGUGGAAAGGACUUUGGAACUACGUGGAAAACCUCAUCCCGGGGAAGUCCCGCUCGCAGGAGAGUGUAGAUCGGGGGGACUCGAACUCGCAGGACUCUGAAGACUCACAGGACACGCCGCCCUCCCCCUGCCGCAGCCUGGCUCGGCGCUACCCUGUCAUAGACGAGGACGAUGAGGAGGAGAGUAGAUCUCGAGAGAAAGCAGUUACGAACGAGGAUGAGGACGAGGACGAGGAAGGGGACAUCGACGGCGACGGCGUCUCAAGCUCUCCUUCGGAUUCGAGUGACUUCGAGGACUCGGAAGGCGUCGACACGGAAAUCGAAAACAAUACUGUGAGCGAGAACAGCGACAGCGGCAAAAAGGGCACUACCUAUACCAUAUCCACGCACACGGCUUCCGCGCCCAUUUCUAGUGCAGUCACCACCAAUACUUCUUCCAACUCCACCUCUGGCUCUGCCAACCUCUCCUCGUCCUCCACCUCGGGCUCCACCGAAUCCACCUCCAGCUCCACCAGCAGCGGGAGCGAAGAAAACAGCGCCGACGAGGAGGGACGCGACGGCAGCGAGAGCCAAGAAUCUCCUGCUGGAAACCACAAAACUAAACUCGAAGAAAGCAAAGACAACGAUAAAAACGAGAAGAACAAAGAAAUAAAACCGAACGGUGAAGUACCUCAACACGAUCACAGUGAUAGUGACGGUGACCAUGAAUACGACGGAACGGAAAAGACAUGCAAGGACCCAUCUCUAGCCGGGGAGAAAGACCCAUCCGUGGCUAGUGAGAAGGACCCAUCUGUGGCUAGUGAGAAGGACCCAUCUGUGGCUAGUGAGAAGGACCCAUCCUUGGACAGUGAGAAGGACGUGGGGCAAGAUGAGACAGCGGCCGAAGGAGAAGGGAACUGGGAGAUGACUGAAGGCGAAGACAAGAUGGAAAACCCAAAGGACGCGAAGACGAGCGUGAACGUCGCCAUCUUAGCGGCAGCCAGGGAACGGAAGAAGGACGAGGCCAAGAAGGAGUGCCGGCAGGCGGACGUCAAGGGCAAGAUCAGGAAUCUGGAAGAACAUAAAGUCGAGGCGAAUGGGACGGCCGGCGGAGCGACCCAGGAGGAGACGGAGUCGGCGGCGAAUGGGAAGCUUGAGAAAACUGAUCACGAUAGGGUCGGGAAGAAUCGGAGGAGGCGGAGAAGAAGAGGUGGAAAUAUAGAAGUAGAAGAUAAAGAAGCGUCUGAAAAAGAGGCAGAUGAUGGGGAGAAGGUAGAAACUGACACGGUCAAGGAGUCUGUCACUAAAAGCACGGUCGAAGACAAAGACAAGAACACAGGUCGUAAGAAAGUGACUUGCAGGAGAGCCGAUUCGAAGAAGGGAAGAGGCAGAGGAAAACUGGAUAAGGGGCGCAGUCAGUGGCUAGUCUCGACAGAGCAGGCAGAAAGAGGAGGGAGCCGAGAAUACGACAGGAGGAUGGAAGUAGCGACGAGCGAAAAUAGCUGUGGCGAGGAGGAAGCAGCGAAGUGCGGAAAAAACACGAGAUGCGGUCAAGAGUCGCGUGCGGGGAAGACGGAGACUCCCCCAGCAGGCGAGGAGAGCCAGGCAGACUCGGGGAAGGAGAGCGCAGAACCAGACGGCGGAGAAGCUCGGCGGGAGUCGGAGGGUAAUGGGAGAAGGGCAGAGCGACUGCUGAGCGAAAAUUCCGAUAACGACGAAGACUUCAGCGCGGAAGAGGCGAAGGCGAGGGACGAGGGCGAGGCGCAAGGAGAUAGUGACAGCCGCCCCGCCAGAAGGACCUACGACAGACUCAAUGCAAGGGCAAGGAGCUUCCUUGAAAAGAGGAGAGGGGAGAGGAACGCCGCCGCCGCUGCUGCUUCUUUCGCCUUCGAGAAGAACGGCACUGAUCGAGAGUACGUCUCCCGCCGUUCCACGAGAUCGCUGCAGUUCUCCGACAUCGCUAAGAAGAUCAUGAAAGAGGUGCAGGAGAGCAGGAGCGAGUACAGGAGGCCUCAACCCAAGCCCAGGUCCUUCAGGAGGACUUGGGAGGAGAAGGCGGAUGGGGCUUCCCACAUCACACACACCAUCGAGGAGACCACGUCGAGAAUCCUAGAGGUGUCUUCAGGGUCGAGGAGCUCGUCUCUGACGAAGAAGGAGAUCCUGGUGCGACCCGCCAGCGGCGACUCCGAAACUAGGAUAUCCGUGAGCUCUUCUCGAGACACGUACGACCCCUUCUACCACGACAGAACGACCCGUAAGUAUUCCAGGUUUUCUGACAGUACAAGUAGGUUCACAAGGUCGUCCGAUGUGCCUAGGGAUCCCUCAAGAUCGAGGGAGGGCAGUUCCGAGACGCUUAUCUCGUGCAUUAAAGGCUCGAAGCUUCUGAAGGUGCAGGACGACGACUCCGCUCGCGGGAGCACGUCAGAGGGCGAAGGAGACUCCCCCAGGACGACGGAGCGCGUGAGAAAACUCUCGGUGACCUUCCAGAACGACGCAAAAUCCCCUCCUCCGCCGACGUCGUCGUCCUCGUCAGAAGCUCUCCCCGAGGAACAAGGUGCUGGUGGUCGUUCUAUCGUCGCAUCUUCAUCCGUGACCAGGGGGAACGUGGAACCUGAGCCUGGUGAUCCUAAAAGCUUCGUGGCCGCGGACAUCUGCACGUCUUCCAGAGACGCUGACGUCGUUGAACAUUUAGCAGUGACUUCCGGUGACGUCACAGAACCAGUUGAUGACGUCACAAACAACAACAAAAGAACACGUAUUUAUUCUAGAAGCAGCUUGUCUUCACAAGACUCUAGGACACCGUCUCAUGAAACUCUAGAAAAUGCAGUGAACGAAAAUAAAGGAAACCACGAAAGUAAGACAGAAAGUGAGCGAAAUUGCGCGGAGGGGAAGGGAAGAGGAGAAGGAAGGAGGAGCGAGUCCCGAGCGCGCCCGAGAGAACAGGAUAGACCCGUCGGCCGUAGUUCCUCCGAGGAUGAUGUCGAUCAGGAUAGCUUGGAGGGACCAUGGUCGACGCCCCAGCUAGCCAAGGUCGUGCAGGAGCUGGUCGUGUCGCGGAAAUUCAGCAUGACGACGGCGCAGGUGAAGAAGCGGCAGCAGAACCUCGGCCGUCUCGACGUCUCCCAGAAGGAUCGAACGGUGAUUUUUGACAGCUCAAGGUUUCCUCGGCACGGAAGCGACAAGGACUGCGAGCACCGGCAGGAGCGAGAGGCAGGGAAGGGCGAGGCACAGGAGGAAGCCAAGGGCGCGCCUAAAUGGGCCGGCAGAGCUCGAAGCAACGGCCGGAACGGAGUUGCGUGGCAGCAAACAGCGAGGAAGGGAAGGCGGAGAAAGAGUAUUGAAGGAGACGGGAGCCAGUCGGAGGCGUCGACAGACAGCCAUGCCCCCGGAGAAGAGAGCGCCGGCACUCAGGAAGGGCGUCGGCACUUCACUAAACACAGCUGCGUCAAAGUUAGCAAAACGGAGACCAAGAGGAGCGGCGGAGGCGGGCCCAGGGGGAAGUACUUUGCGUGGGCGAACGAAAGCAACAAGGGGGACUCGCGGGGGACGGGGAACAAGGACGAGAAUAAGGUCAUGCCUUCCCCCAGGAUCGAGAGGAUGUGUCGCUCGCCCCAACUCCACAAAGGCCGCAUGUUUAGCAGUCACAGGAGAGACUCCUCGAGUAGUCGCACGUCCCCAAGGCAGUCUCCUAUAGGGUCACGGUACCAGAGUCCCCCCGGGGCAGUCUCGCCCAGGCUAGGGUCUUCGUCUAGAGUGGGGUCACCCAGACCUGAUUCGCCGAGGAUAGGCUCCUCGCGCUCGGCCUCUCCGAGGAGGAUGUCACCGCGAGUGUCUCCGAGGAUCGGCCUGAGAUCUUCACCCACGAAAUUCGUAACAUCACGCACGUCCCCCGUCCCUGCCUCUCCAAGGAUCGUGAAACCUAUCGUGACGUACGGGUGUCAGAGGUCACCCAGACCCACCUCCACCUUCGAGCGCCAAAGAAGCCUAAGCGUGGAUAAGGAUAACGUCAAGAAUGCAGAGGACGACGCCACGACACUGGGUGAGGAGACACCGGGGAAACCAAAGCCCUUGAAAGCUUUGCGGAGAGAGAUGUCCGACUGCCGCCAGCGCCUGGAGUCCUUCGUGGAGAGCCGGGCGAUGCAGGAGCAGCGUCAGCAGCGCUACAUCCUCAUCACCUCCAAGAUGAGCGGAAAACUUGACUCGGAAAUCAUUCAGUUUUUCGAGUCUCAGCAGCAGAAGCCUCGAGAAAUCCUCAGGAAUGAGAAGGUGCUGCACGAGCAUUUCCGGGCGGGCUCCAAGAGCGACCUCCGGAGGGCGUCGGGAUCCAGCUUCCGAAGUAAGUCGGCAAGCACGGAGGGCGACAAGUCCUCAGAGGACGCGAAGGAAGGUUCUGAAGACGACGUCACACCCGAUGCAACGCACGACGUCAGCUUCACGAGGGACAUCACGCGCGAGGCCUUUCCCUUCCUGACGAAAUCGGCCAAGGAAUCACGCGAAGAGGAAGGCACUGAGGAAGAUUCUGGUGAAGGAAAGCUGGAAGGACAGGAAACACUGAAGGGUCAGUCAAAAGUCACUGAGAAGGAUGAGGAUGAGAAGAAAAGUCUCCCCGUCGAGGAAGAGGCAAAGGGGAGAAACAUCCACUUGUAUGACACAGUUGCAGACGAUAAGAGUGACGACGGAUCGACCGUCCUGCCCUCUCGCGACGAGACUUACAAUCACGCGAGCAUUACCGAUCACACCGGAUCUGUGAACACAAUACCUGAUGAUGGUAACCUGAGACCGGGCCAAGGUAACGAUACCAUCGCCGGAGGGGAGAAUGAGGAGGAGGUGGAGGUAGAGAAGGCAACGGCCGGAGGGGAAUUAGAUAAAGACAUGAAUAGAGGCGAGACAGGGAAGCGAGAAGGGAGUGUGAAUGAAGAUGAUACUAACGAAGAAGGUGGAAGCGACGAGAAGAGAGGUGAAAUAUUAACCGAGGCAUUGAGUACGACCUCGUUGGAGACGGCAGCUUUUGAAGAGGAGGAAAGAGGUAUACUUGAUGAUGAGAAAAUCGACGUGGAGACGCGAGUGAAGAUUUGUGAAGAGACACUGAUUAGCAGUAGGACUGACAAUGUGCUCGUGAACGAAAGCGUGAGGGAAGAGAGAAGGUACGAGGAAGGACCGGCAAAGGUGAAGAAGGGGAUAGUGAAGGAAAUUAUCAUGCAGAAGGAGGAGGAAGCGAAAAGCAAAAUUGGGGAGACGUACAAGACACAACAGGUGUUGCGGCGGGACAUCUCCCCCACCACACCCAAGGGAAAGGACGAGACACAGCAAGAUGACACAGGAACCAAGGCCGAAAUGGCUCCCCGAAAGCCAGAUGCCGACGACCACCCCGGAGUGUCCCCGGAAGGAUCAACGUCGAACAGAGACGCAGCGGCGACGAACGCGGCCGUGGGGGAGGGGGAGGAUGCCAGUGUGGGAGCGAAGGAAAGCCCGGCGAGGGUCAGAGGCUUUUCAAGUCGCGACGAAUCGUCGGUGAACCUCGUAUCCCAAAUAACCCCUCUUGAACCUUCGGCCGAGGCGGCAGAAGGGAAAACCGAAAUAAAAGACGCGCAGGCCGAGGGGACCGUGAGAAGUCCACUGCUCAGGAGAACAGUGCAGAGUAAGGAAACCCGUACAGUUGAGUUUAACUUCGUUAAGGGCAAAGGUUUAGUGAGGGAAGAAAGAGUAGUGUUUAGAGGUGCAAGGGACUUGCAGGAAGACGUGUCGGACGAAGCCUCUGUGGAUGACAAACAGACCGAAGCUUCGCAGCCAAAGGAAGAAAUCAAAGAGGACGUCGAGGCACAAGAACCCGAAGAGCAGAGUACUGAGGAGCCAGACCAGAACGAAACACUGACGGCCGAGGACGAGCGUCAUGAAGAAGUUGCAGUCUCUGAGGAGGACAGGAGAAAGGACGUCUCCGUGGAAGUUGUUGUGACAAAGUCGGAAACUGCGUAUUGCGAGGCCGUCGAGGUGCCUCACAACACACAAACCAGAGAAUCAGAGGAGCAAGUACCUGAGCACAUGUAUGCAAAUAUCCUUCCUCCUCCCGCGAGAGUUAUCGGGGAUGAGCCGAGAGAGGUCACUGCCUCGCCACGAGAGGAAGAAAUGGACGACGAAAAAGUGCUUUGCCGCACGACCACCGCGCACAAGCUAAUGUCAGGUCACAGGCGGUUGACCAAGACGAUAUCCGAAGGAAGUUUUGUCGCCGCCGAUGAGUCCAGCGGGACGGAAAGAGCUCGCCCGCCUUCGAUCAGGAGAAGCCGGACCGAGAGCGAAUUUCUCACCGACCAGCUGGCGGCCGCGGCGACGUCGAGCGCCGAACACAAGUCCGCUGUGAGCCAGAUCUUCACGCGCGGAGUAUCGGGGAAGGUGAGGAUGAAGAGCCGGAGUGUGGAAAACAUCCGGCUCUCCAGUCUCAGCUGCGUUGAGAUCACCAACCCCAUCGACAGCGCGCCGCUCCCGAAGAGCAGCUCGGCCUGCCGCAUUGUGGGCGUCCUCAAGAAGAAGGACUCGAGGGAGAACGUUCUCGAGCUCAUGUCCCCCUCCAAGGACGACGAGCACGAGGACGAGGGCGAAGCCGAGCCACAGGAUGACAGUGAAACCACGAAGGAAAAAGGAAAAGAAGAAAAGGAGGAGGAUCAAACAGAAGUAUUGAGUGAUCUCGGACUUUCAAAUAAUGACAACCUUCCUAUAGAGGAAUCACCUGUCGAGGAAGCCAUACCAAUGUCCUCCGUGGAAAAUAUCGAAACCGAAGUUUUGGAGCCGAUUGAGGCAGAGGUGAUUCAGCCAGUGGAAGACGUUCCGGAGGAAUUCCUGGGUCAACAGGAUGACGCAAAAGGUACGAACAUGUCUGUAAUCAGUAGUGCACCAAUUGACAGUCACAUUUAUGAGAAUGUCCCAGACGUUUUGUUCUGCAGGAGCGGAACAGCAGAGGUUCCGACACAGUUUAUGGACUAUGAGCUAGAACAUACCUCCACACCCAUAGAUCAUUCCAGAAAGCUUGUAGCGAAAGUUGUCCAUAUUUACGAGAACCUUCCUCCUCCGGGGGUCUUGCUUGAAACUUCCUUUGGGGAUGUAGGUAUCAUGGGGGAAUUCCUGCCAUUGCAAGAUGUGUGCGUGUCCAAAGAAAAUACCUACGAAGAGUGUGUUGCUAACGAGCAAAGAGAUUCGGAGCCCAAAUUCAUAGAUCUGAAAACCGCCGAAUCAGGCAUUAUUAGUUCGAGAAUCAUUGAUUCCAACACCGUCGAAACCAAAGUCACAGAACUUAGAUCCGAGGCCAGGGUUCUCGAGACCUUGGAGCCUCCCGUGACUCCUGUGGUAACAGGGAAGCCCCCGAAGCCCUCCUCUGACGCGUUAUCAGUGCGUCGUCCGACUUACGAGAAAGCCUCGCUCAGGAGGAAGCAGCCCGAGUCGGAAAGUCGUGUCGAGAAACAGAAAUCCAACUACAUGCGCCAGAAAGGCGUCCGCGUCGGUAUUCUGAAGAAGCAAAAAUCAGACAUAACGGGGGUGAGACUGCAGAAGCUCCACUACUUCGACAGCGAGCUCCCCGGCGAACGCAGACGGUCCUACUCCAUCGGGGGAGACCCCAGGAAGGGCUCCAAGCACGGCAAGGGGGACGUAGACAAGGAACAGGCGUCUCACACGUGCGAGAGUUCCCACGACCUCGAUACUUCGGAGGCGUCGAGGCCUGAGAUGCGCGACUUGGAUAGACGGUGUCAUAGUUCCAUUAGUGCUAGUAGUAAUACUAGUAAGAGUAGCCGCAUAGAUAGAAUUCUUCAGAGUUGCGCACCUUGCAUUUCUAGCAACACGAACUCGAUGUUAGAUCUGUCUGUUAGGUCGGGAGUCCACACGAUCGGCGAAGAGUCCGGCGAUGAGGACGACGACACGUACAGAGGGCGUGAGGGGAGCGAGGCGUCGGCUCAACCAGAGACGCCCACCAGGGGCAUCUCGGGCAUUUUCCUCCGAUCCAGCACGAGGAGCAAAUCGUCACAGAAAAAUCAGUCCUCCACUUCGGAAAGCGGAAGAGCAAGUGGCACCUCCGAGGGGCAUGGAGUGACACGUCUUGAACUUGACGAGACCAACACCGACAGCAUGAUCUCCGGGAUGGAUUCGGAACUGACCAAAAGUCAGGUGACGAUUCCCAGCAGGACGAGUUUGAUCUCGAGCCAAGGGCCUGAGGAAAUGAAGGUCUACACAUCCUCGGAAACGAAUUCGAUUGUUGAGGACGUCGCGAGAAAUGGCGAGGCCGAGAUGGCGGAGAAAAGCAGUCUCCACGCGAGCUUCGAUGACGACGGCGGCCCGACGCCCACUCCGGAGCAGAUGGGCGUCACGGCCGGGGAUACAGACUUUUACAGCGAGCUGCUCGACACCAUUCUUAGCGUGGUUGACGCGCAGGAGUCUCCGGAUCCCGGGGACGGCGAGAGUGCAUUUCUCGACACGCCCGUCAUCUCGAGGGAAGUCACACGCACAAUUAAAGUAGAUCAGUUUAAUGGCUCCAGUGAAAGUUUCCGGUUAAAGGUAGAAGUUAUAGAAACGAAGAAGAAGGAGCCCGAGGCCGCCAAAAUAACAAAAGACGCAAAGCCGGAACCUGAGCCCGAACUAGAACCUGAUCCGACUCCAACUCCCACAGCUAAGAGAGAGACGGAGCGCCCCAGCGACUCGGAUUCGACGGCGAGUGUCGACUCUGAAUUGGCGGAGGUUCGACGUCGUAUCACAGAAAGGUUUCCGCCGGCGCCUCGAGACGCAUCCCAGGCUAGCCAGGAGUCCAUCCUAGCCUCCCCGAGCGCCGUAUGCCCCAUGCCCAACUGCGCCGCGUGCCGUGCCCAGAGCAUCAAUUUCUCACAACCUCUCGUAUUUACCUUCGACGAUCCCGCUCCUGCGCCCACGCCCGAGCCAGCGCGGGCGGCGAGCGUUCCGUACGUGGACCAGGCUGGCGAGGAGGCGCCUCAUGAGGUCUUCAGCAGGUCUGCCAGCCUCCCGCAUGACCCCGAGGGCUACCAUGAUGCUCAGGUCAUCCGUCGGCCCGACCGUCAGCACCGUCAUCACCAUCGUCGUCACCGGCAGUACUGGGGAUCCGCCCUCAGCGACAUAGUGGGCGGGUCGGUCCCCGAGCAGUCGCUCCUCGGGGUGCAUCCCCAGGGGGCCUCGCUCCAGGACGAGUCUUUCCUCAUAGGGGCGCUUCAUAGCAAGAUUCUCGAAGAAGCUCGGGACCAAGACUCAUUUCUUCAGGAGACUUGUCAGAUCAAUCCGCAGCAGAAUGAAAGGCCUCAGGAAAAGCCUUCAGCGACCUCAGAUCGUAAGGGAUCUCCUCGAGAGACGCUGAAUUCCAACCAGGGUGGAGCACUGGUAAACAAAUCACCGCCCCAGAACCCUUCGGCGAAAAAGGGUGCAUCAUGUAUCUCCGUCCAGGAUAUCCGCGUGAAACCUCCCGUUCAGGAGCCGAUAUACGAGAACCAUCCCAUUCAAUGGCCGGUCAAAGAUGCCAGUCUAGAUAAUUCGUCCCUCAAGGACGCGGCCAUUUACGAAGUCAAACUCCAGGAUACUUCGUUUCAUGACAGCACGAGCCAAGAAACAACCCUUUUAGAUAUCACCCUUCAAGACACCACACUCCAGGACUCCACACUUCAGGACUCCACACUUCAGGACACGACGCUCCAAGACAUCGUCCUGCAGGAAGCAGUCCAACAGCAGGCCGCUGUCCAGAGCAGGCAAAGGGCGCACAGCCAGCUGGCCCCGGACGCUCCCCUGCUCGACGGCCCUGUCAAGGACGCGCCGGCGCAGGGGGACCCGAUGACGGACUCUGGGGUGGAGGGAUGCAGAGACGUGCAUGAAUUUGCUUCUGUUGCGUUGAGUCGCACAAGUUCCACGUUUCCUUCAAACAGAGGAAGGAGGAGCGUCCCAAGCCUGGCUUUAUGGCGCAUAAAAUCUCCGCCGUGUUUGGAGUCGACCUUUGGAACCUCGGCCAACUCGGGUUACUCGCGCUCAACACCUGAUCCUCGACUUCCAGUGUUUAUGUAA